AUGUCAUUUGCUCACCUUUCGCCGUUUUAAUUUGUGUACAUCACACGCAGCAGACACAGUUUAGUUAUAUUUUUUAUUUUUCUCGAUCUCCGUCAAGCUCCUCCCGAUUCUCUGGUUUUGAGUUUUGGAGAAUGGUGUUCUUCCGCAGCGUAUCGGCCUUAUCUAGGCUAAGGUCUCGUGUCGGGCAACAAUCUUCGCUCAGCAAUUCCGUUAGAUGGCUUCAGAUGCAGAGCUCUACCGACCUGGACCUGAAGUCGCAGCUACAGGAGUUAAUUCCGGAACAGCAGGACCGUCUGAAGAAACUGAAGUCAGAGCAUGGGAAGGUCCAACUGGGAAACAUCACUGUUGAUAUGGUUAUUGGUGGGAUGAGAGGGAUGACUGGAUUGCUUUGGGAAACCUCAUUGCUUGAUGCGGAUGAGGGUAUACGCUUUAGGGGCUUGUCAAUUCCUGAGUGCCAAAAAGUAUUACCUGCUGCCCCUUCUGGAGCUGAACCAUUGCCAGAGGGUCUUUUAUGGCUUCUUUUAACUGGAAAGGUACCUAGCAAAGAGCAAGUUGAAGCACUGUCGAAAGACUUGGCAAGCCGUGCUGCUGUGCCAGAUUAUGUGUACAAUGCCAUCGAUGCCCUGCCUUCCACAGCCCAUCCAAUGACUCAAUUUGCUAGCGGUGUUAUGGCUCUUCAGGUGCAAAGUGAGUUCCAAAAGGCCUAUGAGAGUGGAAUUCACAAGUCAAAGUUCUGGGAGCCAACAUAUGAGGAUUGCCUCAACCUGAUUGCUCGUGUUCCGGUUGUAGCUGCAUAUGUUUAUAGGAGGAUGUACAAGAAUGGUGAUUCCAUCCCCUCUGAUAAAUCUUUGGAUUAUGGUGCAAAUUUUUCCCAUAUGUUGGGAUUUGAUGAUGAAAAGAUGAAAGAGCUCAUGAGGCUCUACAUCACUAUCCACAGUGAUCAUGAAGGAGGAAAUGUUAGUGCGCACACUGGUCACCUGGUCGGUAGUGCACUUUCAGAUCCAUAUCUGUCGUUUGCAGCUGCAUUAAAUGGUUUAGCUGGGCCACUCCAUGGUUUGGCUAAUCAGGAAGUUUUGCUUUGGAUCAAAUCAGUUGUCGAGGAAUGUGGAGAAAACAUAACGAAAGAGCAGUUGAAAGAAUAUGUUUGGAAGACAUUAAACAGUGGCAAGGUUGUUCCAGGAUAUGGACACGGUGUUCUGCGCAAAACUGAUCCAAGAUAUGUAUGCCAAAGAGAGUUUGCCUUGAAGCAUUUACCUGAUGACCCUCUCUUCCAGCUGGUGUCAAAGCUUUAAACCCGUGGCCAAAUGUCGAUGCUCACAGUGGGGUCUUGCUGAACCACUAUGGUCUAACCGAAGCAAGGUACUACACCGUGCUCUUUGGUGUCUCAAGGAGUCUUGGCAUCUGCUCACAGCUUAUAUGGGAUCGAGCUCUUGGACUUGCACUAGAGAGGCCCAAGAGUGUUACCAUGGACUGGCUUGAGGCCCACUGUAAGAAAGUUUCAUCUGCUUAAGCCACCACCUGAGUCCUGAGUCUCGCACACUCUCAUAUUUACGCAAAAGCCGUUAUGUUCCACACUGAAAAGUUUUUUUUAAUUGUUUACCUUCUAUCAACAGAAGAACCCAUUGUUGGUGUAGAAAAUUUGUUCGUUCGAGAUUUGAUUUAUUUACUUUGGCUUUGAGAGACAAUUGCUUGUUGCAAAUUUGAUGUUUCGGAAAAACUCGUGAUAAUAAUAAAAUAAAGAGUUGUAUUCAAUU